AUGGUGGCUAAAGAGGAUGGGAUCUAUAUCUUUGGUAUACAGGAAUUAGUGAAAAUCCUCCUUGGGCGUAAAUAUAUAAAGGAGUUUACCUCGGAGAGCAGUAGCUCUGCUUACUAUCUGUGUAUAUUAUGUGAGGUGACCUUGUCCUGGAAAGAGAUCGCUGAUCACAUGAUGGGGUACAAACACAGGCUAAAGUCAAUUAGACGAAGCCAUCCAAAAGUAUAUGAUAAGAUAUGUCUGAUACAGAACAAGGUUGACAUGUUGGGACAGUGUGCCAAAUAUGCUCUAGAACUGGAAAAUAAACAUGAGAACAUUGUGUGGGUUGAUACAAAACAACCUGAGGCUACAGCCAUACAACAUUUGAAAAAAAUCCAGGGAGAUAAAACACCAGAAAAGGACAGAAGAGAGGAUAAGAAAGAUGAAGAUGAUAGAAAGAAGAAAGAAGAGAAAAAAGAAGAUAAAUCUGAUACUACAUCAGAUAUAUUUAAGAAGAUUGAAGCUUAUAAGAAAAAGUUUGAAGCCUGCAAAGAUAACAGUGAAGAAAUUCCAGCUAAAAGAGCAAGGACUGAGGGAACUAAAACAACAGGCCUUACUUUUGAAGAUCUGUCUAAACAGAACAAGACAUUAGCUGAAACUAUAGAGAAAGGUAUUGCAUCAGCAAGAAAAGGAGCUGAGCAAAAGAAAAAUGAACGUGAUGUGUCUAAGAAGACAACACCUGCAAAAAAAGGUGCCCAGAAAAGUUCACACAAAGAAGUGGCCAAGAAAUCGAGUACAGCUGUAAAAGGAAACAAUGAGACAAAGAAAGUACCGCAGAAAGUGCCAGUAAGUAAAAUUGAACAAGAAGUAAAGGUUGCUGAUAAAGAACCUGAACCUAAAAAAGAAGUUGGAGAAAAACCAAAAAGUGUUAUAAUCAAAGUCAGUGAAUCCAAAAUAAACACUAGCCAUACAUCUAAGUCAAAACCAAAAAGUGUCAUAAUACAAGUCAAUGAUUCUAAAAAUAACACUGAUCAAACAUCUAAGUCAGAUGAACAAACUAAAAAGGUUGUUAAUACAGAAAGUAAGGUUAGUGCAGAAGAUGAUGUUCCUGUAGAAAAAUUGGAGAAAACAAAAUCAGAUGUAGGAAAGAAUGAGGAAAAAGAAAAGAAAGGAAGUACAGUACCUGAAAAUGAUAAAGCAAAAGUGGUCACUGAAGAAAAUAAGAAAAUCAGUGAAGAAGUUAAGAAAGUUAGUGAUAAAACUAACAAAAUUAAUAAUGAAGAUAAAAAAACUAAUGAUGAUUCUAAGAAAAGUUCUGAUGAAGCUAAGAAAGUUUAUGAAAAAACUGAAGAUUUGGAAGAUGAUCUUGUGAUAGCCACUGAAGAUAUUGAAGACUUAGGGAAAAGUAUUUCUGCAGAAUUGUUUAGUGAAGAGUUAGGAGACAUGGAAGAGGAAGAAGAAACAGCUAUGGAAGAGGAAGAAACAACUGAAGUUAAAGAAGGACCAUUUAAAGGAAAAAUGAGUAAUAAUCCUUUAAGUAAGUUGGAGAAAUAUUUUGAAGUGAGGCGUUUGAAAGAUCCUGAAGAUAGUGGGAUUGUAGGUCUGCAGUAUGUUGUAGAAGGUAUUCCAGAAAAGGCAUGGAAGGCUCACAUGUAUAGAUGUGUACUAUGUAAUGUGAAAUGCCUUACAACAUCAAUAGUUCACCAUAUUACUGGCUAUAAACACAGACUGAAGUAUUUGGAGGUUCAUCAUUAUGACAUUUACGCCACCAUUAUAAAGAUGGACCAAUCUAGAAAGGUCCUUAAUGCAGAGUGUUCAAGGCAUGCUAAAGCCAUUGAGGAGAAAGAGGGACUAAAAACUGUCAUGUCAUUGUCAGAACAAGAGUUUAGAGACCGAGAGAAAGAAAUGAAUAAGGAGUUUGAGGUUCCAAAGAGAGAAAAUACUGUUACAAAAGAAGAAGAAGCUGCAGUAUCUUCAAGUGAAAUUGCUGACAAGAAAGAAGAACCAGUUGAAGUUGAGGCGGACAAGACAGAAGAUAAACCUGAGACCAAAGUACAGUAUCAGUUUAAUCUAGAAAAAUGGGAGUCUGCAAAGAACGAACGAAAUAAGCGAUAUGCGGCCCGAAUCAAAGAAGCUAAGGCAGCUGCAAAAUUAGUCAAGUUUGUUGAUGGGAAAGAGACAGUUGAGCUGUUUAAGUAUAUUCAACAGAAACCAGAUGUUCCAUUGCUAGGUCUGAGCUAUAUCACAGAGAUCCAGGGAUUAUGUCAUAAUUUGAAGACUACAACAUACUCAUGCAAGCUUUGCUUCCCAUCUAAAAAGGUGGAAGGCACACAACACAUUUAUGCCCACCUGGUUGGUGUCAGACACAUGGAAAAGUAUCUGUCGAAGCAUUUUUCGCAUAAGAUGAUACAUUUAAAAUUGUUAACGGGGACCAGUGCUAAGAUAUCCUACCUUCAUAACCAAGCUAAACUGUUGUGUCAAGGCCAGCUGAUAGAACCUGAGGGCAUCUAUGUAGUCAAUAUAGCUCAGAUGGAACAGGACAAAGCAGCAUUAAAAAUGGCUGAAGAAGCUGCUAAAGCUGUGGAGGAGGCUGCAGAAGCUGAAAAACAAGCCCUUGAUGAAGCUAAACAAGCUGCCAUGGCAACAACAAAUAAAACCGCGAAGAAAACCACCGAGGCUGGUAAACCGUCUGCUGCUGAUCCUGGUUCAGAGGUUAUUGAUUUAACGGCAGAAGAGGAGAAGUAUGAAACUCCGACGGCACUGCUGUAUUCUAAACUGGCAGGACUACAAGAUAUCCCUCUUGUUGGACUGAGUUAUAUCACUGAGAUACAGGGGAUUUGUGCUGAUAAGGUGCCGCCACGUUACCAGUGUAAACUUUGUGAUGAUACCUUUAUUUCUGCCAACUAUAUUAAUGCCCAUAUCACAGAGACUGAACAUAGGAUUAGAUAUCUGAAAGCAAAUUAUCCAGUCUUCUACAGUAGAGCUAUAGGUAACAGAGACGAGACCCAAAAAUUAUGUCAUGAGAUUGAACAACAGUUUGGUCGUGAGUCAAUCAGUGUGAAGAAAAGAAUUCUGGUUAGAGCAGAUGGCACAGUGUUGUAUUCUGAACCGAAAGUAGUAAAAGCUCCAGUAGAGACCCCAAAAGUGGAGCAACAUAAAGAGAAGGAAAAUGCUUCAGAGAAGACAGAGCCCAAAGGUGCUGAGAUGAAUAAUCAACUGGAGGAAGGAGAGCGGCCAGAAGGCGGGAUCGUUUUUAAUAAAAUCAUUGAAGGUCUGGAUUGUACUCCAAUGUUAGGAUUGCAAUAUAUAAAGGAAGUCCAUCAUCCAACACUCAACUAUCCACCAGUUUAUGAUUGUGACGUCUGUAAUAUAAAGAAUGGUCCGUUCCUGAAACCAAAGACUAUAUUGAAACAUAUCUGCUCCAAAGAUCAUCGACUUAACUUCAUUAGGGAAAACCACUUCCAUCUCUAUACAGAAAUAUUGCAACUAAGCACUGAAGAACAAAGGAAAAUUGCCAUAGAUAAACACACUAAGGAUAUAGAAUCAAAAGUUGGUAGAGGGUCAAUCACCAAGAUUAUAUCGGACAAACCAGUCUACUGGAGUAAAUCAAGUGUGGAAACCAGUCUGCCUGAUUCUAAAGUGCAGGAAACCAGUCAACAGGAUGAUGGGAACCAGAUUGCAGAUGAGGAUCAGCCACAUUAUAAGUGUAAGAAAUGUGGCAUGAUACUAGCUAAGGAACGGAGAGUUAGUCAUAUUAUUGCUGUACAUGUGAGCUGUUACAAGUGUAAAAUUUGUCAGUUGUCUUUCCCGGAUCAUUUCUACCUACAGAAACACAUGACCUUGAUCCACAAAUCCAAGCAGGUGGCACCAAACGCUAACUUGAACCAUCAGUUUAAGAUGAUAAAAUGGUUUAGCUGGCAUGCAGUAAGGGGGAAGACUUUUCCAGUUGAUACAUCAGGGAGAUUACAGCUAGUGUGUAAGGAGUGUAACAGAGUAGUUCCCCUUGGACAGGCUUCAGAACAUUACAUAUACGAUCAUGUCAAAGGUUACCAAUGUAAAAAGUGUAAUGCUCCACAUGGAUCUAAUGAAGCUUUGGAGAAGCAUUUACAGAAGCGACACAACAUCACAGAGAAUGUCCCUGUUGUCAAUUAUACAGCAGAUGUUCAGUUAUCAAAAAUGUUUAUUCAUGUGUAUUCAUCUAAAGCUCCUGAGUUUAUAGACUUGACAGAAAGUGAGGAGAGUAAACCUAGAAUAGGUAUAAAGAAGUACAUAUGUAACCGGUGUCAGACUUUGUUUAUAGAUGGGAACACAGCUGAGUUGCACUACAAACAUUGCCAUUUCUUCGAAUAUCCAUGCACAAUGUGCAACUAUAUAUUCAGAAUUGCUGUCCAUCUGGAAAAACAUUACAGCAGUCUACACAGGGUGUACCGUAGUGUGAAGACACCAGUUAUUUCAUUUGAGUCAUGUUACCAUGUCUGUCUAGAAAACAACAAAAGGAUGCUUUUAGAUGCCUACCUGAAAGAAGCAAAUAUCACCUGGAAAGAACUGUCAAAAACCUUUGAAAACGCACCUGAGACAGCUUCUACUACUCCUGCUACAAACGUGGUUCCCAAGACAACAAUAACAACAACAACAAUACCCAAUCAGCAGUCGGGACAGUAUGUACAAAAUCUGACAGGUCAAAGUUCAGAAUCUGGUGGACCAACGACAAGUUCAAGAGUUAGUCCUGAUGGAAAUAAAAGUGGACCAGUAAAUUUUGAUGAAAUAAUGUCUAGAAGAGAAGACCCUCUGUUUGACUGGGACACAGAACACAAGAGACUUAAGAAAAGGAUGGAGCUUGGUGGAAUUGUAAAUUGUGCUAGGAAGUCCAAAUUUAUGAUGAAUUAUACCUCAACCUUUAGUAACUAUCCACUCAUUGGGUUACAAAUGAUGACAGAGUUUCAGCAGAAGGAUAUCAGUGCAGAGCCAUGGUAUAUGUGUGAGAUGUGUCAGGACAGGAUCAACUGGAAGGCUAUAACACCUCAUAUUGUAUCUCUUAAACACAGGAUUCUUUAUCUCGAGAAAAAUCAUCCUGUUUUACAUGACAUGCUGAAACAAAAACAGUUUGACACCAUGGAAAGUUUGAUGUCCAAAGUGGAGACUCUGGCACAGGGUGUUGUUAAGAAGGAAGGGAAACAAUUCAGCAUAAGUGUCAUGUUAGAGUUACCUCCCUCAGAGAAAGAACUUAAAAUGUUGGCAGAGGAAGAGAAGAUUGCCCAAGGCACUGAUGUACAGUUGAAGUUUGGUUUCAAUCCAACAGCUCAGAUAAAUACUGGGACAACUAACGAAUCUCCAAAAUCCAAGACUCCAAAGCAGGCAAACAACUCCGCUCAACUUGCAUCUAGUAGUAUGUCAACUCAACAAGGAGAGAACAAAACUAUGGAGGAACCUAAGAAGAAACUGCCAGCUUGGGUUAGGAUUCCAAAAUCAUCUGAUAAAGAUAAUGUGGCUCAUGAUGAAAGGAGUGUCUCAGCUGCUGUAACUAAGGAGGCCAGUAGUGAUUUAAAACCUAAGGUUGAUGAUAAUAAAGAUUCCAAUAAGAAACAGGUAUCAGAUUCAAAAAGGCGUGAUGAGAAAAGUGGAAGGAGUAAAGAGAGAAGACGAUCCAAAAGUAGAAGUAGAGAUAGAAGAAGCUCGAGACAUUCAACUAGAACUAGACAUGAUGAUAAAUAUUCUAGAGACCGAAGGAGAAGAUCUGCAGACAGAGACACCAGGAGAGAUAAUAAAGAUGACCAUUCAAGAAAAAGGAGAAGAUCAAGAAGUAGAGAUAGGACAGAUUCAAAAACAUCUAGAACAAAAUCACCCAAGGCAGGCAGUAAAGAAGAAUCCAGGACUCAAAAAGGCAAUGAAAAGAAUUCUGCUGCCAAUAAAGCAAGCUUUGAUAAAAAUAAAAGUAAUGAUAAAGAAUCUGCCAUUGGGAAGCAUGGUGACAGUAAUAAACAUGUUUCUAAAGAUAAAGAGUUGAUUGUAGACACCAAAAAUGACACUUUGGAUGAAACUGAAACUGUCAUGAAUGUUGAAAGUUUGAGCAUAGAUGAGCUUGAAUUAAUUAGCAAGUCUAUAGAACAACAGAUGGAAGAAGAUGAUGAUUUUAUAGACAUUGAAGAUAUUGUUGACGAGAUUAAUCCCAGGGAAGAAAAGAGUGAUGAAAUUGUUGCACCUGAAAAAGAAGCAAAUACAGAUGAGAGUCAAGUAAAGUAUCUUGUUGAAAAUACAGCAAAGGAAAAUGAACCAAAUCUAGGAGAAGGACAAAUAAAAGAGAAUGUUGAAAAGAAUUCCACUGUAAAUAUAGAAAAUCAGACAAAGCAUCAAGUAAAGAAUGUUGUUGUAAUUACAGCAAAGGAAAAUGAACCAAAUCUAGGAGAAGGACAAAUAAAUGAGAAUGUCGAACAGAAUUCCACUGUAAAUAUAGAAAAUCUGACAAAGAUUGAGAUAGAUGUUCCUAAUCAGAUUGUAAAUAAGUCAGUCUGUGAAAAAGGCAUUGUAAAGGAAUCAGAUGCGGCACCAGAGAAUUGUGUUGUUGAAAUAGUUAUGACUAGUCCAGUGAAGAAGAAUAAUUCUGAAAGUAAAAUAAAUCAAGUUCUUAAACCGCAUGAAAAGCCAAUAGUAAACAUAAGUAUACAAUCAAAUGAAAAUGAUAAUGAAAGAAGUUUGUCAUCUAAUGAGCCCUCAGCCAUGAAAAGAAGUGAAACUGUGAAGAACGCAAAUGGAGCACCACAAAGUAUAAAACAAGUUUCUGUACCAGAGAACAAAGUUGAAAAAGAGUGUGACAUAACCAUUGAAAUAAAAAGUAAUAAUGAAAAGAAACAUGAAAAAGGGAGUGAAAGUUCAAGUAGUGAACAUCAUGAGAUAAUGUUGGAUAAGGAAAACUGUGUGUCACAGACAACAGAAGUAAGCAUAGAUAUAGUUGAUAACUGGAAAGCUGGAGAUGAAAUAGAGACAAAAUCUGCUUCACUUGAAGAUACAGAUGACAUAACAAUGCCAACAGAUUUUGAUGAUUUUAUUGCAUCUCAGCUUGGUGAGGACUUUGUCACUGUAGAUGAUGCAGAUGAAAAUUCACCAACUGAAAUUGAAAUAUGCAUACCUUCUCUCACAAAUGAAGAUAGCAAUAUACCAGAAAAUGAGUCUAAAGUAGAUGUAACAGAGGUAUCUGUUGAGAUAAGUGAAAGUAAUAAUAUUCCCAAACCUAAUGGAAAAAAUAAGACUGGGUCCAUUGAUAGACCCACUAGAGACGAACUUAGUAAACAUAAGGUAUUAGAUAGUAAAAUUACUAAUAUUGAUGAUACUCAAUCUGCUGUUUCAGAUCUAAAAUCUGAAAAUGAUGCAAAAUUAAAAAUGAAUGUUGAUUUAAAGUAUAAAGAAAUAAGUGAAGCUAUCAUGAUAAAAACACCUAAAAAGCAAAGUUUGAAUGUACAGAACGUGGACACAACUAAAAGAGAAGAGAAAACUGAUGAAAUCAAAGGUGAACAAUCAAGUAGUGUGUGUGUAUUGGAAAUAAGUAUGGAACCUUCAGUACUCGAGACAGAUGUUCCUAAAGAGGCAGGCGUGGCUGAUCCUUAUGAUGACAAUGAAGAUAUUGAGUUCAUGCUUGACGAAGAGUUUGAGACUGUUGAUGAAACAAAAGAUAACAAUACAGAAGAAGAAGCUACUGUUAUAAAUUACAAUGAACCAGAAGUUAAUAAAGAGAAAACGGACCAAAGUGCAAACUUAGAUAAAGUUCUUCCUCCUGAAAAGAAUACUGAGAAAAUGCAGAGUAUUACCACUACUGCACAAGACACUGAUCAAGAAGACAAUAUAGCUGAUACACAUAAAGAUAUUGUCAAAGAAAAAGAUAAUGGAGCUAACGAAAUUAAAGAGAAUACUGAAAUGACAUUACCUGAAAAUGUUGAGAUUGACAGAGAAGGUGAUAACCCACCAUUAGGUAUCACACACUUUCCAAUGGAUGAAGAUGAUGAUGAAGACAUAGAGGAAAUCUUCCUUGGUGGUGAUUUUAUAACUGUAGAUGAACAUAAAGAAGAUGAGAAGGCUCCAGCAAUAGACACUGCUGAGGAAGAAGACUUUGAUAUGGACUUCAAUCCUGAUGAUUUUGUAACAGUGGAUGAAGUUGAUGCAGGUGGAACCUCAGUAGCUCAAACUGAUAAGCCCAGCCAACAGAAAGACAAAAUUUCUACAGAAAGCUUUGCCUCUUCCAAGGGUAUUCACAGUUCCAAAAAUGAGGCCGAUAAAUGUCCUGAAAGAAGUAGUCGUAGAUCAAGAGAAAAAACAAAUAAAGACAGUGAAAGAAGUUCUAAAGAUAAGUCCGAUUCCAAGAAGUCUGCUGGUAGCAAUAGUCACAGCAGCAGCAGACGUAGCAGUAGCAGGGUGAGAGACAGAGAUAGACAUUCCUCUACUUCUACAAAGGAAAAAAGAGAUAGAUCAAACCCGGCACGAAAGCCAACACCAGAGAAGUCUACAAGGUCAUCUUCAAGGUCAUCACAUACCUCUAGAACCUCUACAGCUGUGGACAAAUCAAAAAGUAGACAAAGGGAUAAUGUGACCAAUUCAGAGAAAACAGGACGCUCUGGUUCUAACAAGGUUAGUGCUCCCAUCUUGAGUAAGCAGACAAUUCAGGAGAUGGCUGCAGCGUCAAGGUCAGGGUCAAGAAGCAGCAAGGAGAGACUAGGAAAUUAUACAGUGGGACAAGAUGGGUCACCUAAACAAAUUGAUACCCAUUCUUACUUAGGCAUUCCUAUAAAACAUUCAACAGACUCUCCUUUGUCAAAAGUAAAUUCUAGCAAAGUGAAUGAGGAAAAGACAAAACCUGAAUAUAAUAAAGACAAACCUUCACUUAAUACUAAAUCUGAACAGAUUAGUAUUAGUAAAGAAGGUGGUGAAAGAUUCAGACCAAGUGGUUCAAAAACUAGUAACAGUAAACGUACAGAUUUAAAACCUAAUGUGGAAAGUGAGUCUGUGGGCGAGAAGUCUGGAAAGGGUAGUGAAAGCAAGGGAGGUAGUAGAAGUUCUAAUAACGAUGGGAAAAGAAAGAAAGAUGAUAAAGUGGAGUGUGAAAUAUCUAUAGAAAUUGGGUAGGAGGGGCAAACUACUCGAUUGCUUUGAGCAUGGGUGCUGACAAAAAUCAGUGGAUUACGAGUUUGUUGUAUUUUAUGUCUUGUAUAAAGACAUUGUGCUACUUUCAACUUUGUAAAAUGACAUGCUCUAUUUUUAACAUGUGUUAUAGAAAUUGUUUGGGAAGAUGGACAGUGUCUCAUACAUAGUACUUCUGUACAAGCUUGGUGUAUAGAUAAAUCAUAUGUUUGUUUAAUUUAUCAAGACAUUUUGAUAUGAAUUAUCAUUUAUGGUAUUUGUUUCUUUGAUUUUUUAUAAUAAACAGUUUGUUGAUAAAAAGACAGAAUAUAUUUGAGCUGCGUCAUGACAAAACCAAUGUAAUGUGUUUGCGACUAGUAUGGAUCCAGACCAGCCUGCGCAUCAGAGCAGUCUGAUCAGGAUCCAUGCUGUUAGCUUACAAACUCUAUUACAAAUAGAGAACUGAUAGUGAACAGCAUGGAUCCUGAUCGGACUGCGUGGACGUGCAGGCUGGUCUGGAUCCAUGCUGGUCGCAAAACGCAUUACGUUGGUUUUGUCAUGACGCGGCUCAUUUAUUGAUCAUAACACAUUUUGUACAUCUUGCCAUUUUAAUAUAUUCAACUCUUAAUCUUCUGGCUUUUGCCACCUGUAUCGAUUCAGGCCAACCUGUACAUUCAUGCACUUCAGGUCAGUCUCUUAUACUGUUGGUAACUCAAUUUGUGUUUUUUGAUAUUGAAAUCCUUUAACUUUAAAUGGACGAUUCCAAAUUUAAAGCAUGUUAUGGGUUAGUUAUUUUAUGGACAUUACAUUAUUUUUACAUUUAUUUUACAUAAUUCAAAUGGUUACAAGGCUUGUAGAGGGUAAAAAUCUUUGAAAUUUAUGUAUGUAUAAACCUGGGAAUUAUUUUUAGACUUGGAUAUUUUUUUAGUAAGAUGUAAGGCAUAGAAUGGGAAAUUAAUGAACCUACAUUACAUGUAGAAUUACUUUAAGACAGGGGGAAAUCGACAUUGUAGCAAAUUGUGAAACAGAAAUCCCUGUAAAUUAUGGGAAAAAUUGGAAAUUAUUGUGUGUAUUGCAAGGAAAUUUCAUGGCAUGGAAUUUUUGUUAGAUGGAUAGCAUUUUAAGACACAAAUUAUCUUUUUUAGACAUACAUUGUGAAAAAUUAUCAUUUCAAGUAAAAGAAAUUUUAGAUAGGUAUGAAAAAUGUGUGUAUGGGAAUUGUCAAAUUUUCUUAAAGUGUAAAUAAUGGAAACAAAACAAUAAGACAUGAUUUUAUAUAUAAAAACAUCUAUAAAAAAAUGUAAACUGUUCUUGUAUUUUUUAAUCUGCUAAUUAAUAUUACCACAUAUUAAUUGUUAUUAUCUGAAUUUUAAUCAUGUUUCAUAAAUCUGUUUGAUUUUUUAAUCUGAUUUUAACCUUAGUAUACAUUGUUUAUUUUCAAGAUUUGAUGCAUUUCUUACAUGAUGUUAUACAAAUAGUCAUUUUAUUAUGUAAAAAAAUAACUUAAUUGUCUUGGCAUGGUUAUGAAGUUUUUAUGUCUAAAUAAUUAUUAUACCCCUGACAAAUUCUGUUACACAUAGAGUUGGUUAUAUUUCUAAAAUGUUAUUGUUGUAUUAUAUUAAAUAAAAGUUUUAAUGUUAGAA